AUGGCCAGCCCCUACACCUACACCAACCACCCAGACCUGUUCCUUAAGGUGGGCAUCCUGGCCAAGGAGGUGUCGAGGCUGACGACGAAGUUGCAGAAUGCUAGUCUCACCCUUGCUGAGACCGACUUGUUGGAGUGUAAUCGGCUGCUUCUCGAGCGGCUGCUGCUGUUGACCCAGCUCCCGCAGCGCUCGAAGAAGCUGUUCCCUGACCGCGCCUGCCGCCACUGCGGCACGGCCACCACCAGCCAGUGGCGCACAGGCCCCGUGGGUCCCUCGACGUGCGUGACCUCCUUCGUGUUCAUGACGCGAAUGACUCACCAGGUUGCCAGUUCCGGUUGGAACCUGCCCUUCCGAGUUUUCUACACCGUCACAUGA